AGGAAGCUGGAAGUACGUCGAUAACACUAUGAUUGGCUGAUAGGUAUUUGGUACACCCAAAAAGUGUAAUAGAAGAUGUAUUGGUCAAGGUGAGGCAAUUUACUGUUCCAAUAGAUUUUGUUGUCCUCGACUUUGCGGAAGAUCAUGAGAUUCCCAUUUGAAGUGGAAGUAUUUAAAUGUGGUAAUCCCUCCAAGUAUGAGGAAUCCGAAGGUUACUUAGGGGAUAACUAUAAUUUAUUAUCUUUUCGAACCACUAGCAGCCUUGAUCGAAGGUAUGCUUGUAGUUCCAUGUGUACAGGUACUCAGGAUUGUUCGAAGGAGACAGGCAAGUUGAAGGACUCAGGUACUAAAGCAUUCAAGUUCCACAACAACGAUCUUUCAGCAUUCUCAAAGAUAUCGACAAACAAUGUUAACGGUUCCAAACUUUAUUUGUUAAUAUUUUUGGGAUUGUUGUUAGAUUUUUAGGUUAAGAUUGCUUGGUUAGAAAUUCGGUUGAAUUGAGUAUUUGGAAACAUUUUAAUAUGGCAUCAAAUAAAUCUGAGAAAAACUAAAAGCACAAA